AUGGCUGUGAUCGACGAGGUUGUUCUGCGGCGGCAGGCGCGAUGGGGCGCACUUUACGCACUCCACGCAGUCCGGCAACUAUACAUCGAGCAGAAAGUCGCGUCCCAUCCGUCCUGGACCGAGCUGGACGUCGUCAACGCUCUCGAGGUCGGCGACUAUCCGCUCGUGAUGCCCGCAGCUCCUGUCGGAACCGUCUGGUCGCUCCCGUCGGAACCGCCUCGACAAGACCUCUUGACAACCCUUUACAGCAUCGACCACGCCAUGCUGUUCGACCACGAGACCCCCGAGUCUCGACGAGCUCAGCCGUCAGUCUGGGGCGGAGGGUCCGACUACGCUGAGCUAGACGCACCCGCGGUGCAGGCCGCGGUUUGUCCUCCUGCCGAGCUGUCGACGACACUGCAGAGGCGCCGGAACAAGACUGCGCCAUAG